ACCACUACUAGUACUACCAUAAACCCUAAACAGAGAAUCCACCUCCCUCUUUCUUCACCAUCCCAAAAAAACCCAGAAAGCUAUGAGUGCCCAUUACUCACCUUCAUCUCUACAAACCCACCUCCCUCAAAAUGAAGCCAACUGAACUCGAAGAACAAGAGAUGCUGUUGCUUCUUCGCAAUCUGUACCACACAAGCUGCAGAGUCACCUCUCUUCGAGUAAGACCCAAAUACCCAUCAUGUAAUUUGUGUUAUAUCAAUGCAACAUCAUCAUCAUCAUCAUCGCCUUUGGUUUGGUUCACAAGUUUCUUGUGUAUUACUCGUUUCCCAUUCGUCACUAAAUCCAACCCUGACAUGGUUCUAGACAAUCUAAAUGCCGAGUCUUUGAGUCGAAUUGUUCAGCAGGACUAUUGGGACGACCCCAGAAUUGUUAAUGUGUUUGGUUCAGCCCUGGCACCGAUUAGGGUGUCCAGCUUCUUAGUGGAGCUGAGGAAAGAUCCCAACUUGGCUCUGAAGUUGUAUAAAUGGGCGAAAACCCGGACCGGUUUUCGCCACACUACUGAGUCUUAUUGUGUUUUGGUUCAUGUACUUUUUGUUGGUAGGAUGUAUAGUGAUGCCCAUGAGGUUAUUAGGGAGUUGGUGUUGUUGAGCAGGGGGUUGCCGGGUUUCCAUGUGUUUGAUGGACUGUGGGAGACAAGAAAUGUGUGCCGGCCGGGGUUUGGGGUGUUUGAUGCAUUGUUUAGUGUACUGGUUGAGCUGGGAAUGCUUGAGAAAGCAAGUGAGUGUUUCUUGAGGAUGAGGAAGUGUAGAGUUUUGCCGAAAGUGCGGUCUUGUAAUGCCCUUUUGCAAGGGUUUUCGAGGUCAGGGAAGGGGAAUAUGUCGCGGCAGUUCUUUAAGGAUAUGCUUGGAGCUGGGAUUUCCCCCUCUGUUUUCACAUUCAAUAUAUUGAUUGGAUAUGCAUGCAAAGAAGGUGAUCUGGAAACUGCGAGCAGCUUGUUUGCACAGAUGGAACAGUUGGGUCUUAUCCCUGAUAUUGUGACAUAUAAUUCUCUUAUUGAUGGAUAUGGAAAGGUUGGACAAUUAGAUGAUUCAGUUUGCGUAUUUGAAGAAAUGAAGGGUACAGGUUCUGAGCCUGAUGUAAUAACUUACAAUGCUUUGAUUAAUUGUUUUUGUAAAUUUGAAAAAAUGCCUCAAGCUUUCAGUUUUCUCCGGGAGAUGAUGAGUAAUGGCUUGAAACCAAAUGUCAUUACAUAUAGCACGCUGAUUGAUGCCUUCUGUAAGGAAGGGAUGAUGCAAGAGGCAAUUAAGAUUUUUAUAGACAUGAAACGAGUUGGUCUUUCAGCUAAUGAGUAUUCCUAUACUUCUUUGAUUGAUGCAUGUUGUAAAGCCGGAGAUUUGAGCCUAGCACUAAAGUUUAGAUAUGAGAUGUUAGAAGCAGGAGUGAACUUGAACAUUGUAACUUAUACGGUUCUACUGGAUGGCUUGUGUGAAGAUGGGAAGAUUGAGGAAGCAGAAGGGGUUUUUAAUGAGGUGCUGAACUCUGGAAUUAUGCCUAACCAAGAAAUAUGUACUGCCCUUGUUCAUGGGUAUGUUAAGACUAAGAAGGUGGAGAAUGCAUCAGAAUUAUUGAAGGAAAUUAAGGGGAAAGGCUUUAAAUCAGAUAUGUUACUUUAUGGAACCAUCAUAUGGUUCCUCUGCUCUCAAAAUAAAGUCAAAGAGGCUGAGCUUGUAAUCAGUGAAAUCAAGGAUUGUGGUUUAACUGCAAAUCAUUUCAUCUAUACAACAGUUAUGGAUGCUUAUUUCAAGAGAGGAAACACCAUUGAGGCACUCAAUGUUCUACAGCGCAUGCAGGACAAUGAUAUUGAGGUCAGUGUUGUAACAUAUUGUACACUAAUUGAUGGUUUGUGCAAAAAGGGGUUGGUCCAAGAGGCCAUCAAUUAUUUUAGUACAAUGUCAGACAUUGGUUUGCAACCCAAUGUUGCAGUUUUUACAGCCUUAAUUGAUGGUCUUUGUAAGAAUAAUUGCAUUGAAGCAGCUAAGGAGCUUUUUAAUGAAAUGCUAGACAAGGGUAUGAUUCCAGAUAGAACUGCUUAUACCACUCUAAUAGAUGGGAACUUAAAGCAUGGAAAUCUUGAGGAAGCUUUGAGCAUGCAUAGAAGAAUGAAAGAAAUUGGUAUGGAGCUUGAUCUGCAUGCAUAUACUUCCUUGAUUUGGGGGCUUUCUCACCUUGGUCAGAUGCAACAAGCCAAAGCAUUUCUUCAUGAGAUGAUUGGUAAGGGUAUAAUUCCUGAUGAGAUUCUCAUUGUUUGUCUUGUAAGAAAAUACUAUGAGCUAGGGAAUGUGGAUGAAGCCAUCAAGUUGCAGACUAAAUGGCGAACAUGGGGUCUAAGAGCUGGAGCUUCUAACUCUGUGACUCCUAAAGCAUGCACUUGAACUGGGCAAACUGAUGAUUAUCGUAGCUUGUUAUUGAGUUGAUAUCCAAAAGUCCAGGUGUCACUAUUUGAAUCGGUUUCUAUCUGGAUAGGACAAUAUGUUGCAGAAGUUGUGCUUCGUGCCGCUGAUAAACUACGACAACAUCCAUGGAGACAUAUUAAAAGCUUCUUCAUGGUCUAAUUAAGCAAACUCUGCUACUUUCAAAACCUCAAUCUUUUUUCCGGGGUGAGCUUUUAUUCCCUGUUCGGGUGUAUCAUAAAUCAACUGGAUAUUCGGGAGGGAUGUCAGGGCUAACAUGGAGUCUGCAGCGUGAAAUUAAGGAGAUGAGUGACCCAAAUGAGGUGAUCUGGAACUGAAUGAUGCUUUCGGCGAGCCACACUAUCAAGAUGGCAGGAGCAGUGAUAGUGUUGUUGUUGCACAGCGACAGUAGUUCUGAAGAGGCAUGUUGUGGUCGGGAGUUUAAUGUGUGAUUUAGGAGUGGAAUUGGAGACCAAGAGUGGUGUUGGAAGUACGGCUGUAUUUCCACGGUGGUGGCUUGGUGAUGCCAGUGACAGUGAUGUGGUACAUUACUUGAGGCAGUGGAGGGGUAUCUCUGAAAAUGAAUGUUCAGAAGAACACAGAUAUGGCCCUCACUUCCAUCUUUUUUUUGUUUCUGAUUUUAUGCCAUUUAUGGGGUCAGGUCUUUACCUCCCCGCCACAUCAUAUACAAAAAAUUGGAUAGCUUCCAUAUUCUUAUCAUUUGUAUGCAAAUGCAAUCAGUGUA